AAAAAUGAAGAAUCUCUUCUCUCUCUACGUCCCUCUCUCUCUCAUCCUCAUCCUCCUCGUCUCGCUCCCUCUCCGGCGCGCCACUCCGACGUUCCGCCAGACCUGCGCGACCCCCGCCAGCGUCGAGGAGGCCUGCAAGUCGGCGGCAGACAAGCACUCGGCAGUCUCCCUCCAGCACUGCAUCUCCGCGCUCGGCUCCGACCCCCGCAGCCACUCCGCCGACCUCCACGGCCUCGCGGCCGUGGCGGUCAAGCUCGCCAUCGACCACGCGACGAGCACCGAGUCGAAGAUCGACGACCUGAUCGACCUGGAGCCGACCCCCUCCGUAAAGGAGAGGCUCAGCUCCUGCCUGGAGGUCUACUCCGACGCCGUCGACAGCCUCCGCAACGCGCUCGACAACCUGAAUGCCAGGCUCUACGACAAGGCCACGAAUCUGCUCACCUCUUCGCUCGACGCGGCGGAGAGCUGCGAGAAGGUGCUGCAGGGGGCGAAGGGGCUGUCUCCUGCCCACGUGGCGCUGCAGAGGUAG